UCUACAUAUAGAGGUGAGCGGAACUCGCGAAACGAUUCAGUCCUCUCGAAACCACGCGGCAAAAGACAAUUCUUGGGAUAAUCGCGGGUUUAUCUUUCUUUCUUUCAUCUUUGUGCCUAUCAUAUUCGCGAAUUUUUAUGAAUUUUUAACGAGUGAGAUUUUUGAUAUACGGAAAUACAACGGACUUUGUGCAAGAUCUGUGUGUCAACGUUGCAGCUACGACUUACUCUUUGGGUAAUCGUUUAAUUGCACAAUGGAGCAAAAUGGUAUCUCGAUAAUAUCGCCACAGGGUGUCAUGGAAAAUUCUGCUGGAAAAUCCAAAAGUAUCGGCAUCACGUUCAGGUCCAAUGGUGCAAUAUGGUCGGCAAAGGAGAAGCUGAAAACAUCCUGGCUAAAGAAGACGGAGGAAGAGGAAGAUAGCACAUGGGACAAGUUCAUGGCUGUCCUGGGAGAAUUGAUUGGAACUUCAAUUCUGGUCUUUCUGGGGUGCAUAGCAUGCAUGGGUAGUAUGAAGCCGUAUAUUCCUGGGAUUGGACCGUCUAUGAUACAAGUUUCUUUUGCUUUUGGUCUCGCUGUUAUGAUCGCUAUACAGUGCGUUGGUCACAUCAGCGGCGCUUAUAUCAAUCCAGCUAUUACGAUCGCCGCACUAAUUCUUGGCAAGAAGUCUCUCAUAAUGGCCGGAUUUUACAUUAUUGCACAAUGUUUGGGUGCUCUGUUAGGUUUCGGCUUGCUAAAGAUGAUAACGCCGUCAGAUCUUGUACAUAGCGGUGAUUCAACAACUGUCGUCAAGUUUUGUACGACGGACGUUAAUGAGGCUAUUGGGAUCGGACAUGGAAUCGGGGCUGAGGCUUUUGCUACCGGCGUACUUGUUUUUUUCGCGUGCAGUAGUUGGGACUCGCGAAAUGCGAAGAAGACCGACUCGUUGGCAUUGAAAUUUGGCCUUUGCGUCGCCAUGCUGUGUCUCGCUUUCAUCCCUCAUACUGGCUGCAGCAUGAAUCCUGCUAGAUCGUUCGGACCAGCAGUCUGGACUGGCUACUGGCAUCAGCACUGGGUAUUCUGGUUGGGACCGAUUGGAGGCUCCAUUAUUGCGAGUUUAAUCUAUCGAUGUUUAUUUUUGAAAAAUCAGGAAAAUACGCAAGAACGUGUGGAAACUUUGAACGACAUCGAGACUUAAACGGAAUAAUAUUGAGCGAAAUUGCAUUCUGGUAGUCAGUGGUUCACAAAUUGAACAAGAAAUCCUGAUCGCGCUGGUAUUCUCUCUGGGUGAGAAAGAGGACGUUGCAAAAGUUGCGAUGAAAGCUUUCGUGCGGAGCGAUGGAAACAGACGAGCUUGGAACUUUACGGAUUUUCUUUCUGCUUCCAAGACAUUCGGAAACGUCCCACUCGAAAUCUUGUAACUUGAAGGAUCGCAAUGCAUCGAAGGACUGCCACGCGACAAGGACUUUUGUAGACUAGUAGUCACUAGUGUGGCAGAUUAUUUUUGUACAAAAAUACGGUAUGUUAUUAGAUAAGGCGCCGUGUACCUACAAUUUGUUAACUUUAAAUGCAACUGAGAAAAAAAAUAUCAAAGUAUUG